UUAGGGUAAUAAAUUCAUUUCUCAGCAGGCAGGUACUCCUUUGCCCCCCCACUCAGCACCAACUCCAAGGCUUUACUUGAUUUUUUCCUCACCCUGUCUCUCUCUUCAAGCCUUCAUUUCUUAAAGCAAUUCCUCACUGUUUCUCUCCCUUUCUCUCUCUCUUUUUUCACUUCAAUUCUCAGAUAAUUAUUAUUUCUCUUGCUUUCUCUUUAUUGUCUUGUCCUAAUGGCUACAACAGAAGGAAAAUCAGAAACUAAACAAGAAUCUAAGCAAGAAGGCAAACCAGAAUCCAAAGAAGUAGAAGAAAACCAAGAACCUCGUCUCAAGUACAAGGCUUGGGUGUUGAAAGUCUCCAUUCAUUGUGAAGGAUGCAAGAGGAAAGUCGAAAAGACUCUAAGAAAGAUCGAGGGCGUUUAUGAGGUUUAUGCUGAUUUGAAACAACAUAAAGUCACGGUAAAAGCAAAUUUACACGUAGAUGUAGGAACUUUGAUCAAGAAACUAGUAAAGAAAGGGAGACAUGCAGAGUUAUGGCCUGAAAAAGCUGAACAAAAAGAGAAAAAGCAAGGAAAAUCAAAGAACAAAGACAAACAAGGUGGCCAAGCAAACAGUGAAGGAGGUAAUAAAGAGAAAGAAACAGUGACAAAUGAAGUCUCAUUUCAUCAAGAUACUGCUAAGAGCUGUGAAAAUGGUAGCACUAGCAAGAAUGCUGAGGGUUGUAAUGUUGGCAAAGUCCAUGAAGGUGGUGCACCUUGUAAAAACGGUGGACAAGUCAAGGAGGCAAAGCCUGAGGUCAAGCAAACUGUGACCUUCGUGGUCGGUAAUCAGUCACCGGUGGCUGAGAAGAAUGGUGGUGGUGAAAGUGAGGGUAAUGCUGGUGGUGGCAGUGGAAGUAAAAAGAAUAAAAAGAAGGGGGAGAAAGGGAAUGCCAAUGUUAAUUUUGAUGGGGGUGAACAUUCUGGUGAUGCUGGACAUGCAUGCAUUGGAUCACAUGUUACUGCUUAUGGAGCUCAUGGUCCUGUUCCCAUGCCAUCUCCAGCCAGUCAUAGUCCUCCGCGGCAGCACCACAAUAUGUAUGAGCAUCCGGCCUAUUGCCAUGCAUCACCAGUGUACGUUACUAGCUACAAUACGGCAUAUCCUAGUAGUAGCCAUAGUGCAUCGUAUUAUACCUCACCACCACCGUAUUCGUACAUGUAUAUUAAUGGGGGCACGCAUUCAUCACAGCCGUCUGAUUCCUUCGAGAUGUUCAGCGACGAAAACCCAAAUGCAUGUUCAAUUGUGUGAUGUAUUCUUCAGCAUUAUACUACUUGUAUGUGUAAUGGGGAAUAAUUUUGCAAUGUAUGUAGAUAUAGAAGGAAACCAUGUAGUUUUAAGUUAGGGUAAAAGAAUAAGAGCAGGGGAAAAUGGGGUUUGGAGGUCUUUUUCUUUAGUGGUGUUUGUGCUUAGCUUUCUUUAGAACUGUUUACUCUUUUAAGGUCUGGUUUUAAAAGUUAACAUUUAGCCUUGUAAUAUGCUAGUUGUUAAUUUGUAGGCCCCUUGUCCUCUCUUUCCUUCUUCCUCUAUUACAUGUGUGAAAGUAGGUUUUGUUAGAUGGUGAUUAAAUGAAUGCCUAGAUGGUUAGAUGGAUACUUUGGGCCAAGAAAAAUGGAGGCUCAUAUUUUUUUCUUUGGACAAUUUGCCAAUAUUGGGUGAUUGUUUCUCCAGAAGGCUUUAAAAUUUUGGCGUUUUGCUCUUAGGUU